CUUUGAGACAAGUAUGGAAAUAUUGAGUGAAAAUGUGAAUAGGAGACCCUUUGGAAGGCAAUUGACAAAGACAAAAUCUGACCUGAAAAAAGAAGAACAUAAGGAAGUCACAAGGACACUGAAAAUGAGAGCUGAUGCAAAAGCUGUCAAACAAAUCCAUGAAGAAAAUGGGGAUUUGGAGGUCCAACGAAGCCGUUACGCUGCUACAAAUCAGUCUAUUCUCUUUGAUGCACUUAUAACAAAUACUGCAGAAGCAGUGUUGCAAAAGAUGGAUGACAUGGAGAAGAUGCGUUGACGCCAUAAAAAGGGCUUGGAAGACUUUGGGGUGUUCAGCAAUGCUGAAGAAAACCUUGAAAUGUAUUCCUGUGAAAAGAAGGAAAUUGGAGGAGGUGAUGUAGCUGACAGUCAACAAGAGCUUGAAGUAGCGUCAUCAGAAGAAAUUGAGGGUAAAGAAGAUGGUGGUGCUGAAGAUAAUCAAAAGCGUUAUGAGCUCCGACAGAGGAAAACUGUUGUGCCCUACCAAGCUCCUUUGGAAAGACCGAGACAACACAAGAUACUCCUUCCCAGCCCACGGAAACGGCCUAACAGACUGAGACGUGCAGCCCACAGUGAUGAUUCCUCAUUGUCUUCCCCUUCCUUGUCAUCCUCAUCUGAUGAGGAGGAGAGCGUUGACAGGAUCAAAAGAAGGUGUCUUCCAGUAAACCUUGAGGAGAAUGAGCUGAAGGGAGAUCACAAGGAUGGAGUGAAAAUUGGGAAAAGCCUGGCUGAUGUUGAUCCCAUGCAAAUCGAUAGUUCGGUGCGAUUUGAUGCCGUGGGUGGUCUUUCUGACCACAUUGCAGCUUUAAAAGAAAUGGUCAUUUUUCCGCUGCUUUAUCCGGAGGUGUUUGAGAGAUUCAAAAUUCAGCCUCCAAGAGGAUGUCUGUUCUAUGGUCCACCAGGAACUGGAAAGACCCUGGUUGCACGAGCCCUUGCGAAUGAGUGCAGCCAGGGGAACAGGAGAGUGGCUUUUUUUGUGAGGAAAGGUGCAGACUGCCUCAGCAAAUGGGUUGGAGAGUCUGAAAGGCAACUUCGUUUGUUAUUUGAUCAGGCAUAUCGCAUGAGGCCUUCAAUUAUUUUCCUCGAUGAGAUUGAUGGUCUUGCUCCUGUCCGGUCCAGUAAGCAAGACCAGAUUCAUAGCUCCAUCGUAUCAACGCUUCUGGCACUCAUGGAUGGGUUAGACAGCAGAGGGGAGGUGGUUGUCAUCGGUGCGACCAACCGACUGGAUGCCAUCGAUCCUGCCUUACGAAGACCUGGACGCUUUGACCGCGAAUUCUUCUUUGGCCUCCCAAAUAAAGAGGCUAGAAAAGAAAUUUUCAAGAUCCAUACCUGUGACUGGACUCCUAAGCUGUUGGACACCUUUAUAGAUGAGCUUGCUACAGAAUGUGUUGGGUACUGUGGAGCUGACAUAAAAUCUUUGUGUGCUGAGGCUGCUCUCUGUGCCCUCCGCCGACGCUAUCCUAAGAUCUACUCCAGUAAUGAGAAAUUGCAACUGGACAUCAAUUCUGUUAAAAUAAACGCAGAAGAUUUUGUGAUGGCUAUGGAGAAAAUCAUUCCGGCGUCACGGAGGGCUGUGCCAUCACCGGGCCAAGCACUGUCACCUAUUAUGGCACCACUCCUAGGAAAUACGCUCUCGAGAAUCUUACAAGCCCUGCAAAGGGUAUUUCCUCAUGCAGAGCUUGCGCUGAAGAAGGACCAGCAGCAAGGCAAUUUAAAUCCUUUCUUAAAAGGUGAUGCAUUUGGCAGAAAUUAUGAAUCCCCCUCAAUCUUUGAAGAGAAUGUAACAGAUACAACGAUUUGCAGACCACAGGGAAAAUUCCUUGAUUUUAGUAGGAAAGCUUACUGGCAGCCUACAUCCUGCAGGCCACAUCUGCUGUUAGCAGGAAAGGCAGGAUAUGGCCAGGCAUCCCACUUGGCACCUGCUGUUUUGCAUUCUCUGGAAAUGUUUCCAGUUCAUACUCUGGACAUGUCAGUUUUAUUUGUUAACACGUCAUCACCUGAAGAGACAUGUGCACAGUUGAUCCGAGAAGCUCAGAGGACAGCACCAAGCAUAAUUUAUAUCCCACACAUCCAUUUGUGGUGGGACAGUGUUGGAGCUACGCUGAAAGCUACCUUUCUAUCACUAAUUCAGAACAUUCCAUCAUUUGCUCCAGUCUUGCUGCUUGCAACAUCAGAUGUCUGUCACACUGCUCUCCCGGCUGAGGUACAAACAUUGUUUAACAGUGAUUUUGGAGAAGUUUUCAAUAUCCAAUCUCCCAGUGAGGAUGAAAGAAAACAUUUUUUUGAGGACUUGAUCUUGACUCAAGCUGCUAAACCUCCCGCUUCAAGAAGGAAAGCAGAGGUGUCAAAAAGAAAACGCAAAAAAACCGACUCCUCUUUUCCCGUUGCAAAGAGAAGAAGGUCUUUUCAAUUCAAUGAAGAACAGAGGCACACGAGUGCUGAAAAAGCAAUGGACAUUAUGACAGAGUCAGCUAUUGUAGUGCUGGUGGAUUACUGUGAGCUCAAACAACUGCUGGAUAUGGUCACUGAUCUAACAAAGGAGGCUGAUAUAUUCUAUUUUGAAAAAUUAUAUGCUAAGAUUUGUCAGUGUAUUUAUCAACACCGAGACGAUUAUGACAAAACCGAAUUACUGAAGGUUUUGAAGAAAGAAUUUAAAGCCUUAGCACGAAUGUGAUCUGUGACAUCCUUGAUUGCUGUUCUGCAAAGUUGUUUUCAUUGGAUGUUCUUCUGUUAUUGUUGCGUGUAAUUCAGUACUUUAUGUAGAUAGAACAAAUAUAUCUUAAUGUAUAUUUUUAAUGUUCAGAAACUCUUUCUAAGUGUGUUUAUUUUGUAUUCUUUCCCUGUAUGUGUUGAUAUUUUGUGAUGAAUAGCAAACUCAGACAGAAGGAGUACGGUCUUCUGAGAUCAGUGCGUUCAGCCGUCCUCUGCAAUGCACAGCACCUUAACCUCGUGUUGUGUGGUUUGUGAAGUACUGCAGUCAGUGCCUUGGUCACAGUGUAGAUGUGAAUGUCUUCCAGAUGCUUCCAGUGCCUCUUCUUAAAAGAAAAGGAUGGAGAAAUGGAUAAGCCUAUAUCAUCCUUUCUCAGACACAUAUUUUUUUCUGCAGAAAUCCCUGGUGAUGUAUAUUGUACAGCACGGUAUGUGAGGGUUUUAAAACGAGUCUGAUUCUGACAUGUGAAAUCUAAUGCCUUUAGAAAACUCUCAGUGCAGUUCAGAGACUUCUUUGGUUUUGUUUUUUUCAAUUGCCUGAUAGCAUCUCAGGUGGCUUUCCUGGAAUUAACAACAGAAAGACAGUCUGGGAGAAAACGUUUCCACAAAGAUUUUUUGCUAUGGCAUAUUUUCAACAAUUAAAAUCCCAGCUUGAGAGGCAAAGCCAGGCUUGGUAUUGAAACUUCCUCACAUGAUGCUUGGUCUUGCUUCUAACAGUGACAAUCUUUAUACUGGAAAAUAGUAUUUUUAAUAUUUAUUAAUUUAAUGUAAAUUAUUAGUUGAAUUAAAUUUGUAAAUAAUUUUCUUAGUGACGAAGAGAGAAUCUAUUUGUCUAUUUCUUAAAAAUCAACUGUAUUUCACCAAAAAUAUAUGUAAGAAAUAUCAGAGCAAGACUCUGUUUUAGAGGUCAAUUCCUCUUCAAACCAGUGGAGAAAAUUAAUGUGACAACUUUUUAAAUUAACGUAAGAUGGGGGAAGGUUUUGUUUUCAAAAAACAAUUGUAUCGUGAUGAAAUAUGUAGCAGUAUCUGUUGCUGGUAUGUCACCAAAUACCUAACUGUGCAAUCCCCGAGUGUGCUUUCUUACGUGUGUUGUUUCUUUCUAGUGUGUGCCAACAUUUCUAAACUAUGUGGGGUUUUUUUUCCUCUGGAUUGUUUGGAUGAGUAUUAAUGAGAAAUGAAUGUCCAUUUGUUUCUUUCGAUUCACUAAAAAUCUUAAAAACAG